AACAGUUAUAAUUAAUUUAUAAUAAAUAUAAGUAAUAAUUAAUUUACUAUGUCUGACGAAUGUGUAUUUUAAAUCUAUCUACAUUUCUAGGGCCAUCACAAAGGUAACAGAGGACGUAUCCUCAACGGACAACGCUCCCAAGCCGUACUACCACCGCGGCUUCAACCACAUGUUGGUUCUGUGGAGGUACUGGAUGACGCACGAGGAGGAUGUCUUCGCUGAACUACUCACCAACAACACAGGCACUGCUAAGUUCUGGAAGGAGUUUCCUAAGAAGUUGCUGGGUAUGUCAGAGUACACUCUGCCCGCUAUAAUGAAGUUGGCGGAUGACCAGGUGAUGCCUCCAGUCAACAAGGAGUGGGCUGAACAACUCACCAAGGAGUUUACUGAUGAUCUUAUUAAGUUGCUGGGCGACGACGGAGUACUCCUGUUCCCCAGUAGUCCACUAGUGGCCCCCUACCACUACUCCCCCAUAGUGCGCCCCUUCAACUUCGCGUACUGGGCCAUCUUCAACGCACUGCACUUCCCUGCUGCACAGGUACCUCUAGGCCUGAACAGUGACAAGGUACCAGUGGGUAUCCAAGUAGUGGCUGCGCCCCGCCAGGAGGCGCUGUGCGCGGCUGUGGCGGAACACCUCGGGGAAGCCCUGGGGGGCGUAGUCCCACCCUGCCAGAUACUGCAGUAGACACACCGAAUACUGACACGUUACUCAAUUUAAAGUUUUACUUAAAUAUCGUGCUGUCUCUGUCAUUUUACUAAGAAUUUGUAGGGACAGAAAUGUUUUGAGGGAGUCUUAAAAUUAGUGUAUUUGGAUAUUUCAACAUUAGUAUUGAGGCUUAAUUUUUACCCGACUGAAGGAUGGGUAGUGUUAUUAGAACUGAACUGAUGAUAAUAAUGUUGACUAGAUGCUUUUAUUAUAAACAAAUUGUAUUUAAUAGUUUACGCUUUAGUAUAAUGCUCAGAUUAACUUGCUCACUUCUAUUCGAUUUGCUCAAUUUACCUCUAUUCACAACGUAAAAAAAAUAUUUUAAAAAGCGUAAAUAAUUAUUUUAUACGUUAGUGCUCGUCAAAUACUUUAUAUCUAAAAUAAGUGAACAAUGAUACUGUUUUUAAUAUUCAUAUAUGUAUGAUUCAGAUAAUACUCUAAACCGAGAUUUAAAAAAAAAGUAAUACACAUUUUUGGAAAACAGCGACUUCUGAAUUGUUAUGAAACAUUACAUUAAGUACCUAUUCUCUAAGGUCCAAGUUAUGCAUUUGUAUGUAAUAUUUAAAUUAAGUACAUAUGUACCUAAAUUGUGAUCGAUGUCUUCCAUUGUUGAAAUACUAAACACCGUGAAAUCUAUUUCAUUUUCGUCCCAUAACAAAAAGGUUCAAAAUUAAAAAUUCUUAUUUAAAUAGAGUUAAUAAGUAUUACAUUUGAUGGUUAUGUUACAUUCUUUGUUCUUCUAGUCUAUUUAGCCUGAUUAGGGAAUGUCAAGUUAAAUACAUUUAAAUAAGGAAAGGAAUGGUUGUUAAUAAUUAUAAUCAACUAGCUUUUACCCGCGGCUUCGCUC